AUGGCUCCCGUUACGCACAUUGUCUUGUUCGAGUUUAAGCCCGAGGUCACCAAGGCCCAGCGCGAUGAGUUCAGCGCAGAGAUGCUUGGCCUUAAGGACAAGUGCAUCCACUCAAAGACGCAAAAGCCCUACAUUCUACGCUCAUCUGGCGGUACAGACAAUAGCAUCGAGGGUCUGCAGCACGGCAUCACACACGCCUUUGUCGUUGAGUUCGCCUCUGUCGAGGACCGCCAGUACUACGUCAAGGAGGACCCUGCUCACAUUGCUUUUGUCAAUAAGCUCUUUCCCUUCCUCGCUAAGCCCUAUAUUAUUGACUUUACUCCCGGUGAAUUCAACUAG